AGUAAUGGCUGAAGGGAAGAGAAAAUAUUUAAAAACAAAGAAGACGCUCAUACUGCGAUGGGAAAGUAAGCCCUCGAGAAGUACGUCUUUCAACAAGUUAAGCCAACUUCCCACCGAUCUCAGGCACCGCCAAAGCAGCCGUCACGAUUACACCUUGAUACCGCCUACAAAAUCCUUCGUGAUUUAUCACAAUGGUUGAAACAGUCCCAGAGGAAGGGCAGAUGCUCUUGGCCCGAGAUGCCACGUUUGAGAAGAUUCUUCACAGGGGGACGUCCAAAGACGUCGGCAUGUCGGCAAUGUUGAAGAAGGACUACGAGGCCCAGAAGGCAGCCACAGACGAGUACUUCAGUCAUUGGGACAACAAGAGCGCACAAAAGGAAACGAAAGAAGACCGUGAGGCUCGUGCAGCAGAUUAUGCUUCCUUGACCCGACAAUACUACAAUCUAGCGACCGACUUCUACGAGUACGGGUUUGGCCAAAGCUUCCACUUUGCUCGACCUGCUGCCGGCGAAUCCUUCAAGCAGAGCAUCGCAAGACACGAACACUACCUAGCCCACGUCAUCGACAUCAAGAAGGAUAUGAAGGUGCUAGACGUUGGUUGCGGCGUUGGCGGACCUGCUCGGGAGAUUGCUAAGUUCACAGGGGCAUACAUCACCGGUCUCAACAUCAACGAGUACCAGGUGGAACGAGCCACGAGGUAUGCUGUAAAAUCAAAGAUGGAUAAGCAAGUCCAAUUCGUUCAGGCCGACUUCAUGAACAUCCCCUUCGAAGACAAUACCUUUGACGCAGUCUACGCUAUCGAAGCUACCGUUCACGCCCCUUCUCUGCAAGACGUCUACUCGGAAAUUUUCCGCGUCCUCAAGCCCGGCGGCGUUUUUGGCGUCUACGAGUGGGUCAUGACGGAGAAGUACGACAACGAAAACCUCCGUCUGCGCAAGAUCCGCAUCGACAUCGAACAAGGAGACGGCAUCGCCAACAUGGUCAAGGCAUCCGAAGCAGUGCGCGCCUUCCAGGCAGCCGGAUUCGAGAUGAUCCAGAACGAAGACAUGGCAGAGCGUCCGGAUCCAAGUCCGUGGUACUGGCCGUUGGACGCUGGUAGCUGGAGACACGCGCAGACGGUGGGCGACUUGCUCUACACCUUUCGUAUGACUGGGCUGGGAAGAGCGUUCACACAUGGAUUCCUUAGGCUUAUGGAGACAUUGAGGCUUGCGCCUCCUGGGAUGAUGAAGAUGUCCGAUAGCCUUUGUGUUGCUGCUGAUGCGUUGGUUCUUGGUGGGAAGGAAAAGAUUUUCACGCCUAUGUAUCUGAUGGUUGGACGCAAACCCGCGAAAGAAGAGUAGGCAUUUGUGCAGUUCAACCCAUUUUCCUACUCACAACUAGAGUAGAUCUAGAGCCAUAGACCUUUACAAUGGAAUUUAAUAAUUUUGA